UAAUUAAGAUGGCAGCAUAUGUAAAAGUCUCUCGUUGAAACUAGGCAUGUCUAUGGGUAAAAAAUGUAGUUGCAUCACAGUUGAGUUUUGCUGUUCUUCUAGUUGAUUGUUUAUAUGGCAAGUUGAUGUAACUUGGUGAAAGUUGAUUGUCAAACUCUCAAACAUGGAAGAAAUAAUCAAUCGUUUAAAUGAUAUUAAAAUUACUGAGGGAUCCAAAGAAACAUACAAUGAAUCAGCUGGAAAAAUGGUUAAUCUGUGUGCUGACAUUACCAAACAAUUUUUAUCCUCUGAUGAUGAGAAGCGUCAACAAAUGAGUGAACAACUUGUCACUUUUGGAUUAAUUAAUUCAAUCAAUGGAAUCUUGAGCAACAAAAAUAUUAAUGUAACAAUCGAUGACAAACGUGUAGUGUGUGAAAUGAUUGCUGAAUUAGCCAAAUUUGAAAUUUGGAGGUUACCAUUAUCCUGUUCAAAUCUAUUUUCAGCCAUUGUUCCUGUCUUAUCAAGUGAUGAUUAUGGGGCUAUUAAGCAAGCUUGUCGAGCCAUUGGUAAUAUUUGUUACGAUAAUGAUACUGGACGAAGGUCAUUCACCAAAGUUGACGGAAUCAACAGCCUAGUUUCGUUGAUGAAAACUCUUAUCGAUUCCUCUGGUUCCAUUGAUGGUGAUUGUUCCACCGGUGGAUCCAAAUUGGAUGAAGUUCUUUCCCUAGUUACAAGCUGUUUGUUCAAUGUAAUCAAUACCUUUGACCAUGGUCAUGAUAUUGCUCUAUCUGCUGGUUUGCUGCCAAUUUUGUUGAAAAUUUUACACAACAAGGGAAACACCUUUGAAGAAACAAGCCUUUCGGCAACCUUCGUCCUACAAACUCUACCCGAAUCUGAAGUUGGCCGUAAAUACCUGACAAGGCACAAAAAUUUAACCGAACUCAUAAACUUGAUUACAAUUAACCGAGAUGAAGAUAUUUUAUCUGCUCUUUUGGAUACAUUACUGGUUAUAUCAGAAGAAGAUUCAGUCAAAAUUAGUCUAAUUGCUCAAGGACUACCAACCAAGCUGAUAAGCAUGUUAAUCGAAGAAAAUUUGAGUAAACCCAUUGAAAAAUUGAUUUUAAGUGUUAUAUCAUCUUGUAUACUUGAAGAUUCAUGUAUGGAUGUACUGUUUGAAAAUGGAUCAGGCAUGUUGUAUAAACAAUGUUUAAAAUGGAUUCAAGAUGCAUCAACUGAACAUCAUAUACUCACUUCUGCUAUAUUGAUUCUGGGAAACUUUGGCAGAACAGAUUCUAAUUGUUGCCAAAUUGUCAAAGAUUCAGGCCAUAAAGCAAUUUUAUCGGUAUUAUCUCGUAUCACUGGACCUGAUGGGGACUUUCAGCUUCAACAUGGCUGCCUUUCAGCUUUACGUAAUCUGUCAAUUGCCAGUGAAAACAAGGAAAUCCUGUCAAACCCUGAAACUCUGGAGACUCUUAUCUCAAUGUCUUCAGUGAAAGCUCAUCCCAUAGUAUUCAAGUUGCUUCAAUCUCUUCGCAUGUUAACAGAUAACCAAGAACCGGUGGCAACCCUGUUGGGUACCAAUGAAGACUUUUUGGACAAACUUAUUGGUUGGAGCACAAUUGAUGACCAUUAUGGUGUUAAAGCUGAAGCUUCACGUUUAUUAACUUGGAUUGUUAAAAACUCUAAAUGUCGAAUGGUUGUCGACAAUAUUGUAAGGUUAAAUGGAUUACGAGGUAUUAUCGAGAUGAUAUCAACUGGAGCUAAAUGUGGAAUCAUGCAAAAUGAAGCAUUCAUUGCACUUAUACUGAUGUUUGCCUCAACUGAUCCCCAGUUGGAAGAUCGUCUCAUUGAUGGAUCACUUGGUUAUCAUAUCCAUACUUUUCUCAGUUCCGCUUACAAUUCUCAAACGCUUAUUCAAAAUGAAAUUUUAAGCAAUUUCAUUACACUCAUGCAGCUUCUGGCAAGUCGUUCAAAGAACCUCAAAGCUCACCUAAUACUUCACAAGAUUCCAAAUGAUUUGCAAAAUAUUCCUCUCAAUGGAAACACAACCAUGAAUUCAAGGAUUAACCAAGUUUUACAGUUACUUCAAUGAAAUCCAAUACCAUUGUCUACCAUCAAAUAAGGAAAAAGUAGAUUAUCCAUCUUCAUGCAUUUCAAUGGCCACCUAAUUUUCACCAAUUAUCAUCAUUAAUUUAACUUUACUUAUCCUUCGCAAAUUUAAAAUGAUCCAGUAUUAGAGAUGUUUACUGGUCUUCCUUCAGAGAAAAAAGAUGAAAGCUUUGAUUACCAUGAUAUCAUUUCUAGGAUUCAUCGUUAUUUAUUUUAAUGGAAAACCUGUAGAAAGGCAACAUUUGUUUUAUUUAUUGUAACAAUUAACGAAAUCUUGGACAACUAAGGACAACACAAUUUACCAAAAAAGCAAAAUCAAUAUCAGCUUCUUCCGCAUACAAAAAUUAACACUAUUUUUAUAUUGUUAUCAUUUUUGUUUUGUUUUUUUUCGUUUUCCUUUAUUCCUUUAGCUUUCAUUUUCUUCUUUCCUUGAUUUAUUUUUACAAUUGUUGUGAUAGAAAUGGUCGGCAACAUUAAAAUAGAUUAAUCAAGGAAAGAAUUUAAUUUUAACUAAAUGGAUAAACAGUUGAUUGUAAUUAAUUUACUAGCAGCAAAACAGAGUAUAUUUUUAGCUUUCAAAUGUAGAUUUUAGAUGAUCAAGAGAGGAUAAAUUAUCAAGAUGAAAACAACAGAGUUAACUAUUUUACUGAUUAUCAACAAUUUAAAUCUUCUUGGACAAAGCAAAUUAUAUUGAUAAUUAUUUUUGGUAACAAGCAAAUCCAUUUCAUUUUAUUUCUUGAUUGUAAUUUAUCAAAGACUCAAUGUUGAACUUUCCAAAAUAUGUAAACCAAAAAUGUAACCUGUACCAACCCAUUGACUCUGUAUUUCUGGUUAUUAAUUGUAACAAUUAUACAGCCACAU